AUGGGUGCUCUGGGCCUGGGGUACUUGGAUACCCCUGUGUUUUUCUGGGCCGCCCAACUGCCAGGUGGGCUAGGCGCAGACCAGACCAGACCAGACCAGGCCGGCGCUGAAGGGGAGGAGCGGGCUGGCUGGCUGGCAGACUGGGAGACUGGGACUGUCCGGAUGACCAGCAAGCACCAAGCACCAAGCACCAAGCACCAAGCACCAAGCACCAAGGCCAGAGGGCUGGUGGAUGGGGCCCACAGGGGCUCCACAGGUGCUGUACCGUGGCUACCGGGUACCAUAGUACAUUCGGCAGUAUGCCUAGAAAGGUACAUUGUGCAUACUGCACAGGGUGAUCCGGUCCCCUACCUGCCCGAGUUGGCACCUACACUUGACGUCCUCAAGCAGUGA